AUGUCACGUGCUUUUACUUCGGGCGAUGAUUCGAUCUCUAGUGAUUAUAUGGAGAGUGAAACAACGAAUUCAAACAGUGAUGAUAGCAGUAUUAUAAUGCAUCGAACAAAACGAUUGAGGAUUGAAAGUGAGUCUUCUACUUCAAAUUCAUCUUCAGAAACAGACGAAACAUCAACUUUCGCCAAUAUUCCUCCGACAAAAGUGUUUUUUAAAGCAACAAAUAAUUUUUUCGAGACUUCUGGACCUAGACGGGCGCCUCCUCCUGAUGCCACACCCAUAACCUAUUUCAAUUUAUUUUUUACUAUGUCAUUGCUCGAAACCAUCGUAAAGGAAACAAAUCAAAAUGCUACCCAGUUUUUGGCUUCACAUGCAGCUUCUGCAAAUUCUCGAGCAAAAAAGUGGACACCGACAACAGUACACGAAAUAAAAGCCUUUAUUGCAGUCUUAAUCGAAAUGGGGAUUACGAGAAGGCCAACAGUUUAUAGUUAUUGGAUAAAAAAUUCCCGAUAUAUACCAUGGUUUGGAAAAAUGUUUUCAAGGGAUAGAUUUCAGCUGAUUUUGAAGUUUUUUCACUUGGUUGACAAUAGGUUAUUAUUUGAACCAGGCCAUCCAAAUUAUGACCCAUGUGGCAGGUUUGAUGUGCUUGUCAAACACGCAAACACUGUAUUUCAGCGACAUUACAUACCGAACCAACAAUUGUCUAUCGAUGAGUCGUUAGUUGGUACUCACUGCCACUCUGCCAUAAAACAAUACAUCCCAAACAAGAAACAUCAUAAAUGGGGGAUCAAAUUUUGGAUGCUUUGCGAUUCGGUUUCUAAAUAUUGCUUGGGCUUUUUCUGCUACAAAGGAGCUAGCACAGACAACAGAGAUUCAGUAAAAAAAUAUGGUCUUGGAUUUGCAGUAGUGCAAAAAUUGCUUUCAAUUGGUAAUUAUCUAAACAAAGGUUACCAUUUGUUUACAGACAAUUUUUACACAAGCUUACGCCUGGCCAAAUCCCUUUUGAAACAGAAUACAUACCUAACUGGAACAAUAAGACGCAAUCGAAAAGAGAUUCCUCCAGAAGCUAAGAAAGCAACCGUAGGAGAAGCCAAAUACCUAGCACAUAAAGAUAUUUUGAUGUGUUCUUUCAGAGACAAAAAGUCCAAACCAAACCCAGUCAUAUUGAUCUCAUCCAAUGCAGAUACUGAGAAUGUGACGAUCAAGAAAAAGAAAGGGAAUUUUGAAUACGAAAAGGUGAAACCGAGCGUGAUUGAUGACUACAAUAAAUACAUGGGAGGUGUGGAUGAGUCGGACAAAAUGUUAUAUGUGUAUUUGGACGAGUGAAAAACCCUAAAAUAUUGGAAGAAAGUAAUAUUCAAUAUAUUUGGAAAAAUGGUGCUGAACUCUUAUAUUUUAUAUGUCUCAAACACUACUGAAAAACAAAUUACUCGGCUCCAAUUCACAUCGAAGAUUAUCGAAGAUAUCGAAAAGGAGUGGAUGAAUCAUAAAUAG